AUGACGCUAGGUGGAGAAGAACGGAUUUCUUUCUAUGUAUACGUCCAAGAAAGUAGCACCCUUACAGUUGCAUCACAAGACAACGCAACCUUAUCGAAUUUCCACCGACUUCCAGAAGAGAUGCAGCUUUGUAUACUAGCUAUGUGCUCUACUAGUACUCUCUUUCAGCUUAUGCAUACCUCUUCCAAGUUUCGCACGGAAGCUUCGAAGCUGUUUUGGGGAAAGGGAGAUGCAUAUUUCCUAGUUGAAGCACAAUGGCUCCUAAAUGAAGCCUACCCAGGCCAGUCAUUUUGGGACAUGGCCUUUCUCACUAAUGUGCAAAACAUCGAGAUUGAAUGUCGGGCUGGAAUUACGCAGCAAAUAUGCGUACAACGAGACAACUUAUGCGACGUUCAGCACGACCUAGUUGAUGUUUUCUGGGCCUCGCUAAAAGACAAGUUUCCGAACGUUAAAAAGGUCAUCUUGAACUACAACGAGGAACGUGUCAGCUGGGAUGAAGAGCCUUUUCCGCUACCACUACAGCUUCUACUGCGAGCUUGUCCUCAGGGCAUCGAAUCCUCUCUUCUCUUUCUCGACAAGGAGCCAAAGCCUCAUCUGCUAGCCGGAACCCCAGAUUGGCGUACUGGUGCGUGGCACCGAUGCUCAUUCCAACUAGCAGGUGACGGAGAGUGGCACAAGAGCGAGCCAAAAACCUUUCGGCAAACAAUCUUGAUGCCGCCAAAGCAAUUCAAAGGUCCAGUGGGGCGUUACAACGAGCUUAAAUAUCAGUGCUACCAUAAGAUUCCUCUUCAGCGAUUCGGGCUGUGGCCACUCAUGGUGGAAGCCUUGGACCGGCAUCACUCUAGCCUCGGACGCGAUGCGUCUUUUGUUUGCCCUCUGUCCAGCUGUCCAGCUUCCUUCUGCCAGGCUGGAGAGUGGACAGUUCAUGCUGCAAAGACACAUUAUCAAGAGUGGAAAAGGCUGCUAGAGGUAUUGCCUGAUAGUAGGGUGGGAGCUAGACUGAAGGAGCGUAGCCAAGCGCUAGAUAGAAAGACGAAGCAAGUGCAGGAACAGUUCAAGGAGAUAAAGAAUGCGUGGAUAACAAGCGACGAAGCAACAAGAGCAAAGAUAAAGCGCAGCUGGAUAGAGCAAUUAGGUAGCGAUGCUGCGUGGGAGACUAGAGGGAAAGGAGAGGAGAGUUGCCUUUGGGUUGAGUUUAUGCAGCAUCUGCACUCUGAUUAUUAUUAG